AUGCAGCGUCAAUCACUUAAAGCCAUAGCUUUUACUCUCACCUCCCUUGCUGUCUCUAGUUGUGCCUUACCAAAUCUAGUUCAGCCAUUACCUACUCAUGAGGCUGCUAAUGCCACUCGCGUCUCCAAUGACACCCACAGAAAACUAAUCGCGAUAAAUACUGACAGUGGCACAAACAAUCAAGUAUCGAUUUACACCAAACAUGAGGAACCUCCAUACGCCGUUCUUCUAGUGCAGUCCUUGCCCUCUUCUUACAAUAUCACGCUCCCUGUCUCUACCUGUCUUAGUAUCACUGAGAAUAUAGAUCUUAGCGUCAGAGAGAACCCCAUUUGUCCUGAUGGCCAGAAACUUUACACCCUGCUCUUCGACACAGCCUAUUGUAUUGAGACAUGGUCCAUUAUGUACAAAUGUGCUCGCAUCAAAAGAGAUAUGCUACAUAUCCUCGCAGAGACAAGUGGUGUCCAAACUCUGGACGCUCGCCGCAUUCGAACUAUCGUAUAUCCUAUUAUCAAUGAUAAUGAAGUGGGUCUCGCUUUUGACCCUCCAUCGGCAGGCAUUCUUGGUCCGCAAGUAAACAAGCUUCCCGAAGGGGUCUGUCUUUGGUCCUCUUCUCCGGAAUAUGCUAAUGUUACCCGUCUCAUGCGUCCACUCAAAUGUCCUGUACGCCAAAAGCCAUACAUGCACCUUUUCAAUCAACGUGAAUGUCGUGAAGAUAGAGAACCAGCGAUAGAGAGACUGCAAGAAUUGGAAAUUCGGGAUGCAGAAGAAGAAACAGCCGCCAUAGAAUCACUUCUCACAAAAGUUAAACUCCCCGCAGCACAUCAAAUAUCUGCCAUUCCACAAAACGCAACUCUUGCACUGACUCAAACAUACCAUCCACAAAUCUUCCAAAUCCCACUCUCAACCUGUCUAUCAUCCACCUCAAAAACCCACAUAUUCUCCUCCUUUGUCCGCAUCGUCACUCCAUCUACAUGUCCACCAGAACUACCGAAAUUAUGGACGUUAAUAUAUGCCAAGCCAGGCUGUCUUGACCUUCGUCGCUCCUUGCCUACGGAGCACAGCUACCCGCUUUACAAAUCGCUGUUCGAGAAUUUUUCUAAGCCUAAUCCAAGGGUAGAUGGCUGGUCACUGGGGUUUGUAUGCCAUCCGAUCCAUUUUGAUGGUCUUGACAAUCCUAGAUACUGGGAGAUGGACGCGGAAAUGGAGUUGAUUUUGGAAAGAAAGGGGAUGGAUACUGCUGUGAAGGCUGUGAGGGCUGAGGCUGGCGAAAGGGGAGAAGAGGGGUCAACACAAGGUGUGCAGCUCGAAAGCCAGAUGAAGAUAGAAGCAGCAGCGCAAAAACCACUCAGAGAUGCGUGA